UUUGAAAUAAUUUGAAGUGAUGAAAUAGUUUAGCGAAAGGAUUGGCAUAGUAUAUCUUGAAACCAGACUUUGACGAUUCUAAUUAAAAAUGAAAACUCAAAUAUAUAAUAUCAAGAUAUGUAUUUAUCAUAUCAUUUUCUGUUGUUUGUUUAUUAUUACAGCUAUCAAGAGCCGAGAUUGUUCCAUCAGCUGGGAAUAAUACGGUCUGUGGUAGUAUCACUUGUUCCAACAAUGCGAGAUGCAAGGACGAUAAAUCUUGUCUGUGCCACGCAGGAUACACGGGUCCAACAUGCCAUGAUGAUUUUGACGAGUGUAAAAUUGGCAACCCCUGUAUGCACAGAGGUCAUUGUAACAACACGGUUGGUAGCUGGACAUGCGACUGUCUCGAAGGCUGGACUGGAUUUCAGCAUUGUGAAGAUCUGGAUAACACCACAGAUAUCCGGCUUUGUAUGCCAGGGUGGAUGGGAGACUGGUGUGCCGACCUAUGUCUAAACGACACAAUGUGCGGACAAAACCAGGUUUGCAAAAUGCGUGGAAGAGGAUUAAAGUGCGCAUGUGAUGUCGGCUGGACAGGUAGGAACUGCACUCUAGAUGUGGAUGAAUGCACGAAGAACCCAUGCAAACAUUCUGGAUCUUGUGUCAAUACAGUUGGUUCCUACACUUGCACGUGUCCAGUAGAGUGGCAAGGCAAUGACUGUGAAGAUGACGUAAACGAAUGUAUGUCUGAUCCGUGCCGAAAUUCUGGCAAGUGUGUAAACACAAUCGGGUCAUAUAACUGCUCGUGUGCACCAAGUUGGCGGGGUAAAAACUGUACAGAAACGGACUGGUGUGCCAAUACACCUUGUAAAAACUCAGCAACGUGUACAAAUGCACGUGAUACAUAUCAGUGCACGUGUGCUUCCGGUUGGAAGGGAUUUAACUGCACCGAUGACAUUGAUGAAUGUGUAUCAAACCCUUGUGUUAAUGCUGUGUUUUGUAAUAACACCUUCGGUUCCUAUACAUGCACGUGCACACAAGGUUGGGAAGGUAAAAACUGUGACAAGGACAUAGAUGAAUGCGCAUCUACACCAUGUGCAAACUCUGGGGUUUGUGCUAAUGUACAGGGGUCUUAUAAAUGCGCAUGCGCUCCCGGCUGGCAAGGUGACAACUGUGAAAAUGAUAUUAAUGAAUGUAAUGUGAAUCCAUGCCAGCAUGCAAGCACGUGCAGUAACAUCGCUGGUUCUUACACAUGCGCAUGCGCACUAGGCUGGCAAGGUGAAAACUGCAUAUACAAAGAUAGCUGCCUAUAUUCACCAUGCGAAAAUAACGCCACAUGUACCAGUAUUCGAGAUAGAUAUCAAUGCGCAUGCGCAUCUGGAUGGAAAGGGAUCAACUGCUCGGAUGAUGUAGAUGAGUGCACGAGUGCCGCGCCUUGUAAAAAUCAAGGAACAUGCAAUAACACACUUGGUUCAUACAUGUGCACUUGCAGCGCCGGUUGGCAGGGUGAUGUCUGUGACGUCGAUGUAAAUGAAUGUCUCGCAACUCCAUGUAACAAAUCUUACACGUGCAAAAACACACAAGGCUCGUUUUCUUGCGAGCCGUUCAAAAAAGGGAGCAGUGCCUCCUCCAAGGCAAGCGUUAUUGCAGGAGCUGUUAUAGGCCCUAUGGUAGUCCUAGGUGGCGUAGCGACUGGCCUGCUGGUGUUCAAACAUAAAUUUUGGUAAGAUUAAUUGCAG